CGUACCUUCAUCUGUGUCUCUUACCUCUACUAGUCUAUCCCACAUUGCGUAGACUAAUUCUAUUCUACGUAACCCACCUUCCUUGGUAUAUCUGCUUAUUAAUGGUAGUACUGAGCAUCACUCUUGCUGGAUCUAAACUAAGCCUUACCGCGGUCCUUGCCGGGAUAUUCUAACCGUGUGCCGGCAACUUAACCCUGUAAGCCCCACGUUCCAUCUCGUCUCGUUUAGACUUUCUCCCCCCUCUGCUUGGGUCAAGAUUUACAACCCUACAUCUUAACCUCCCGAGGUUGUAAUUUGUAGGCCUUUCCUUUCGAUGUUAUAGCUUUGCUUCGUCUCAGGAGCUGUUUGCCGUUUCAAUUUCAUCUCGAGAUGACCUUUUCGGAGGCCUCUCGAUCUCCUCCACGUCACUCUACGCAUCACCGCCGUCGCCAUCACCAGCCGCGUGAUGAAAGUAAAUCCUACCAAGUGUCCAAUGAUGGGCUAUGCCUGAAACAUCCACGCAAACAACACAGAAGCAGCUUGGAUAUAGUCAAUUUAGAUAGGCCCUCGCAACCACACACCCGCUAUGACAUUGUCGAGAAUUGGCUAGCGCAGACGGCGAGACAGAGCCCCCACUCCUGUCCUAGGAACUCAAAAGGGCAUCGGAGAGAAGACGCGCAUAAUCACCAUCCAUCUAAACCGCUUAAUGCGAUAGCUCCAUACAAUAAGCACCCUAGACGUGUAGAUCAAAAAUGGAGUCCUCGUCACGGCUUUCCCGCCGAGAGCCUACCCCAAUCGGCUUCCCCCUUUCAGGACCUGGGUAUGAGAGAUCCAAGGAAGUCUAGGCGAAGGCGGAUCGUUCCCAGCGAUAGUUCGUUCAUCAGCGGUUUUGGAAAUUUCUCUAGGCCUCCUGAUUAUGGGCCUGGACCCAUCCCACAGGGUCGUGAAAAUAUUCCGCCUGCCAGAUCUUCGAGAGAAGCAAGUCUAGCGCCUCCAGAUACUCCGUCAAUCGCGUCUCAUGUGGACGAACAGAUCAACUUCGAGAAGAGACCAAGACGUAAAACUAGGGAGGACAAAUAUGAAACGAAGAACAAGAAACGGUAUCAUGAGAAGGAGGGUAGUGGCUACGAAGAACAUCGAAAGAAGAAGCGUAAGAAAGCCGAGAAGAGGAAAUCUACGAUAUCUAGUAAGAACGUCGUCAAUAACUUCACUUCCGAUGCUGUAUUGAAUGAUCGUAUUACUGUGCAACCGCACCUUAAGCCUGGUCUGUUCGAGAACGGACGAACAUCCAAGAAGCAGCCCAUUUCGGACCUAGCCUUCUCUGAGAUGCAAUUUCUGAAGCAUCAGAAGCGAAACCCUCAACCAAAACCAUUAUCCAAGUCUCGCCUGAGGGAGAAACGACGAGAAGACAGGGAGAUGGAAGAAGUAUCAUCGUUUUUCUUACCACAUGGGACUGAUAAAAAUAAUCGGGCGCCAAAACCUCAUGAUACAGGUUCCCGUAAUGAUCAUCAUGGGAUGGGUUAUCAGGCUGAUCAAUUCUCAUCUACUCGUCUCCAAGGAAAAUCCAGCUUAUCAUCUUCGGAUCACUGUCUAUAUUCAGCACCCGUCCACGUCUCUCAGCCUCGUGGUGAGGCUGCCGAAACAUUCAGUCCGAACACUCGCGGAUGUAUCGAUGGUGGAAAGGACUCGGGCAAAAGUACAACAUACUUCACCUGGUCUGACAGCCGUCAUUCGCCCCAGGUUAGUAGGCGGGCAAAUAGUUCAAGCCCAGAUGUGCCAGGUUCAGUGUGGACGACAACCCCCGAACGGAUUAGGAGAGAUCUAAUAGCGACUGGCAUAUAUCGUGAUACCGGGAUUCCUUUAUACGACGAUCGUCUCGCCGAACGGACUACGGGAGAUUGGAAAAUGAACGCCCACGUGCCUAUCGCUCAUCGGGUAGAGUCAGAAGACCGCAUUCGCAGUCCACGUCAUGGACUCAAUGGAUCCCAGAAGGUGAAGUAUCGAGAUCAAGCUAUAAUGACUGAGGAUCCUACAAAAUGCUUAGGGCCAUCACUCGAGUUCCAAGAGACGGAGGAAUCACCGGCAUUUAGAUCACAGGAAGUGCCACACUCACCAGUAUCUUCUAUUGCCCCAGAAGUUGACCGUCAGAAAAUUGCCAGAGAUGCACGUCUCGACUUCCCGGUAGAAGGUAGCUCAGCACCAAAUGUUCAAACUCCAAAUCCGCUAGGUGCCAAAGCGGUCCCUAUUCACCAAAGCCCAGAUUUAGCAGGGUCAGAAGUAAAUCAGGAAAUACGGACACAGGAGAUGAGCGAUCCAUUAUCAGUAACUUCUCGAGACGUGAUGCCACCACCCCCAAUUCCACCCGGCAGAAACACUCAAGUCGUAUCGCCACAUGCUAACAUAAGGGAGGCUGAGCCUCUUAGUUCUAGGCAAACCGUACCACUAAUUAAUCCAGAAACCGAAAGACUGCAAACCCAUCAAAUAGUGAGUCACAACGCUGCCCAGAAUAUUCAGGGGUCGCCAGAAAAUUAUGACCAAAUUACUGCAUCGUCAGAGUCGACCGUGAAUAAAGCAUGCACACUAUCAUCAUUCGAUACAGCUUCCUGGAUACCUCAGAGAACACCAUCAGCUCGAACAGCGGAAACACAAAGCGUUAUUUCUAGACCGAGCAUGAAAUCGCCCUUCUAUGUAGAUCAAUACGAAAGGACCUUGAGCGGAAGCUCAUGUCGAAGGGAUCUAACUAAGUCACAGGAGCCUGAGAGUAUGGCUGAAUUUAUUGCUAGGAUAGAAAACGAGUCGCAACAGCAGUCCUAUUCGUACGAUGAUGACAACUUAAGCCCGGGAUUGAGUUUAGAGAAAGCGAUGCAAGAUCUUCACGCUUUCGAUGGAGAACCCUCUGUACAGAAGCCUUCAGCCGACAAUGAGAGAGAGAAUACGUAUCCCUAUCUAGACCCAGAUUCACGCCUCCAAUGUGCUGAUUUAGAAAGCUCGAGCAUAUACCAUCAGGGCGGUGGGGAGUAUUAUUUGGAGGCACAGCAUCCUCAUAGCGGUAUUAAUGUUCCUAGGGUUUUCCCCGUCGUUACGCAACCUCUAGAGGACUUUGAAGAGGAGCAUUUUGAGAUGUCGAACUUUUGGCGCCCGAACCAAUUCUUCCAAUUCUGAGAUAUGUAGCAUAUACCGAAAUAGAAGUGUCUUUUCAGAGAGGUAUACAGC